GGUUUUAAUUGUUGUUAUGUAGUGGUUGGGCCAAAUGGGAUUGGUAAAUCAACCAUACUCAAACUAAUUGCUGGGGAAUUGCAACCAAGCUCUGGGACAGUUUUCCGUUCAGCUAAGGUUCGUAUUGCUGUUUUUAGUCAGCAUCAUGUUGAUGGGCUAGACUUGUCUUCAAAUCCUCUUUUGUAUAUGAUGCGCUGCUACCCGGGAGUGCCAGAACAAAAGCUCCGAGCCCACCUGGGUUCCUUUGGUGUAACAGGAAAUCUUGCACUUCAGCCAAUGUACACUUUGUCUGGUGGUCAAAAGAGCAGAGUGGCAUUUGCAAAGAUAACUUUCAAGAAACCUCAUAUAAUAUUGCUUGAUGAGCCAUCAAAUCAUCUUGAUUUGGAUGCUGUGGAGGCACUAAUCCAAGGCCUUGUUUUGUUCCAAGGAGGGAUUCUAAUGGUUAGUCAUGACGAGCAUCUGAUAUCUGGAAGUGUAGAAGAACUGUGGGCUGUAUCGCAGGGUAAGGUGAACCCUUUCCCUGGAACAUUCCAAGACUACAAAAAGCAAUUACAGUCCUCUUCUUAGGGGUAAAAUUAUGCUGGACAGAAGUUUUGAAUAAUGAAAGAUUUUAUAGUUUAGUUACUGACAUUAUUCUUGAAAGUUUGUCCCCAUAAUUGUCUCUGGCAUUUAUGUAUCCUGAAAAUUUUGACCAAAAAGGAUAUGGCUAUAACUAUUUUAUGCUGCAAUCUAAUAGAGGUGAAGCCCUCCCGGAUUCAGGAGUUGUUUGUGAGUUGUGACCAAAUCUAAUGGUGGUGGUGGAUGUUAUAAUUUGUUUGUUUGUCUGUUUGUUCUUUUGUGUUUAUUUAUUUAUUUAUUUAUUGUGUUACAGUAAGAAAUAUUAUGAAAAAAA